GACAGCUCGGCGAGGUCGGGGGUGAUGCUCCAUUCGGCAUAAACGCCUCCUGCUUCGCUGUAUCUUUUAUAUGGAGUGGCUCGCUCGGAUUCAGGAGUCGGAAAAAAACUCUUAGUACUUGUCACUAGAGUUGUGCAAAAAUCUGCCGUAAGAUUUUGCGUUGUUCUGUAAUGCCACCCGUUCAGUCCGUCAGGUCGAUGGAAAGGGACGCUGUGAGGCUGUGGAUGGUGGUCGUCCGCGGUGUUGGUGCAGAUGGCGUUACAGAAAGGACACUGAACCCAACAGCACUGACAGAAUCUCAUCAGGCGAUGCUGGAGGUCCUGCGUGUGACGGAGCUUCGUCUUCUGCUCUCUAAGAUGGGCAAGAGUAAAAGCGGCCUGAAGAAGGAUCUCGUGAAGAGAGUCGUGGAUCUGCUGCACAGCGAGUGCAGUCCCGAGCUGCUGUCCGCUGUCAGAGAGAUGCACAAUCUCAGACAGGUUUCCAAAGACGCCCGCAGGAGCUCAAAGCCCGGUGCCGUAGACGUCAUCUCCAUGCCAGUGUGUGUCUCUCCGGAGAAACCCCCGUCGCUCAUAUCAGCCUGUACAGAACCCCAGAUGAUCAGACUGCCCUUCUACCAGACGCUGGACACCAUUCUGCCACCGACACCUCUGGCGCCCAUGUAUGGUGGAGCCAUGCAGAACUCGGAUUUCUUUUUUCAUCUCAGUGCAAGACAGCAAGCUCAGAUCCAGAACAGCAAGUCGUCUCAGUCUAGUUCAACAUGCGUGGUGCUCAGGAUGUGCUACAGUGAGAGCAUCGGCGUUGAAGAGGACCAGUAUCCUUGCAUCUUUCAGUUUCACACUCAGUGUUUGUAUAGCAAGGGAAUUUUGAACAUCCCUUCAUGUACCUAUUCAUCUGAUAAAGCGGGCACUGAACCUUCUCGCCCGUGUCGUCCCAUCGAUCUCACGCCUGGCUUGUAUCCUACCUUCACAAACCGGCUGUCAGUGGUGUGGGGAAACUUCGGCAAGAGUUAUUCGGCGGCUGUGUAUCUGGUGAAGCCCGUGUCGUCUCUGGAUCUGUUGGAUGAGCUCCGCAGGACCGGCGUGGAGCAGCAGGAGCUCUGCAGACAGAGAGUGUCUGAGAAGUUGCGCUCUGAUCCAGAAAAUGAAGUUUCUACUACAGGUUUGCAAGUAUCACUAAUCUGUCCACUGGCAAAGACGCGCAUGUCCGUUCCCUGUCGGGCUCGAGGCUGUGCUCACCUGCAGUGCUUCGACGCUUCCUUCUUCCUGCAAAUGAACGAGAAGAAGCCCAGGUGGACGUGUCCCGUGUGCCACAGAUACGCUCCGUUUGACGAGCUGCGCAUCGACGGUUUGCUGUGCGAGGUUCUGGAGGGAUGUGGCGAAGAUGUGGAAGAGAUUGAAUAUCUGCCUGACAGCAGCUGGAGAGCCCAGAGACACGACGAGAGCCGCAAGAACAUCGAAUCCGUUCAACAUCAGCAGAUCAGACACGAUGUCGGUCGUAACGGGACGGGCGGCAUCGUCGUGGAUCUGACUCAGGUGUCCUCCGACGAUGAAGACCUCCAGAAAGAGGAGACGGUUUCUACACGUCUAGAAGACAAAAGCGUGCACUUUAGAAAAUCUGGCGUAGUCAAAACCUCUAACCCCAAAAGUCGAAUAACCCAGGUCCAAAUUUAUUAACCCAAUUUAUAUAUAUAUAUAUAUAUAUAUAUUUGUAAAUAUAGCCUCUGACAGUAAUGUAGAAUAACAUUUCCAAAGGUUUUUUAGCGUAUACUGAACUCGUCGUUCAGUCUGUUCUGUAUGUUGUGUGUCUCUUUAUUGUGGUGCCAAUAAAGUCUCCUUUAUUAAAUGGAUAGUU